AGCAGUCCAGGUUUAUCUCCCACAGAGUGCACUUUGGCUCUGAGAGCAACAAGUCACCACUUUUACACUCCUAUAUAAACAGGCUGGGCCGGCACUACCUCUUACGUUGUUUUCUUUUCACAGUCACUUCUGCAGAGGAAUAGAAUCCAAGGACCAUGAAUAAGCUGCUGGUCAUCACUGUGCUUGUUGCACUUUUUGCACUCAGUGCUGAAAGCUUCCGUGUGCCAAGGCAGGUUGAUGAGGAAGAGCAAGGGACCAUCACAAAAAUAACAGAUACUGUCAAGUCCUACUAUGCAGGUGCGGUCAACACUGCCAGUGAUUACCUGGAACAGAUCAAAGGCCUGAAGCUGGAGGAGAAGGCAAAGAAUCUUUACACUGAAACUUCCAACAUUAUGAGCACCUAUCUUGGCAUUGCACAUGACCAGCUUUACCAUAUUUUUCACCAUUAAUAGUGAAAAAAAAGUUAUCCAAUGACCUCCACAACGUUACAUGGUUGUGUAAGGACUUUCAACCUAAACAAGAAAGGUUCAGAAUUCAUUUUACAUUCUGUCCUUGGCGAUACUCUCCCCACACGCAAGUGUCAAACUCUCUAACACAAUGGACGAGGUGCAUUUUGUAGCACUUUCUCAAUCCACUGCAUUGGAGGUAAAUAAUGAUAACCACCCAAUGGG